GGUAUAGACGUUUCACGGAAGACUCGAAGACUCGAAAAAUUAAUUGAAAAAUUGGGAAAAUUUGUUCAGUUUUAUUAUAAUUGAUAAUUUGAUAAUUGUACAUGUAUAUAAAAAUUAACAUUAAGUUCUUUUGUUAAAAUUGGAUCAGAAACGUAACACACCUGGGAACAAAAUGCCUGCUUUAGUUGAAAGACCAAAGUUGACAAAAAUGAUGUACAAAGUAUUACAACAGCAUAUAAUGCGUGAGAGAGAACGAAAAAAACAAGAACAAGAACAGGAUGAAUUGAUGGAGAGAUUGAAGAAAGAACGUGAACAAAAGAAAAAGCAAGAAGAAAGAGACAAUUUAACUCUUGAACAGACCAAAGAAGAGAUUCAGAAAUUUGAACAGAAACUGGUGAAUCUGAAGCAAGAAAAACACAUAUUGUUUUUAAAACUAAAGAAAAUUCUCAAUCAAGAAGAAGAAAACAGAAAACGAGUUCAGAUUAAGGAGCAAAGUGAAUUAAAUUUACAAGCAAGUUAUGCACCACCACCAACCCAUUCUCUGCCUGUAUCUGGUCAUCCAGUUAUGUUACAACCUGCAGCUAUAUCUGUACGACCACAACUCUAUAAACCUCCUCAUAUCAUGCAUCAGCCAGUAAAACGACAGAGAUCUCCCUCUCCACCUCCUCAUUCUUCUGCUUCCUAUCAGACGUAUGCUCAUAGUGAGGCUAAGUAUCCACAUAGUUCGUACCCACAACAAGCUAAAGCAGCAGCAGCCCAUCCUGCUAUAUAUCAACAUCAACAACCUGAUUAUAGUAAGAGACAACAAGCUGCUAGCUAUCCACAGUCCCAGGCAAGUCAUGUGGUUUAUGCUAAUCAACCAGUAGCCUCUUAUCAACAAGGUGUCAACUACUCUCCAAGCCAAUCACAAGCAGGAAAAUACAAUCCUGCUAAUCCAUCUGCAUUUCAGUCUUAUCCAAAUCACUAUUCUCAACAUCAACAGAAAGCAAUAGGUGAAGCCUAUUCACAAGGUUAUGCUAUUCAGAGAGCUCAGCAACCAGCUUAUUUAAAUUCUCCACAUUCAACUAAUCUACAACAACUAGAACAUCAAAAACCAGCUGGCUUUAAUGAAGAAAAGUUUAAAAUACAACAGCCUUCAAUACGUGGCAUGGCUCCAAUGCCUGGACAACAACCAGCUUUAAUGCAACAACUACAGUUACAACAACAGCAGCAACAACAACAAGCCCCACCAAAAGGGAGUAUAGUAACAGGUUAUCCUGCUAGAACACAAGGUUCAUCACAGGUCCCCGUUAGUUCUUAUCAACAACCUACUACAGUACAGAGUAAUUUUAACACUCAACAAGGUGGUCGAGCAAGUUUCAGUAAUUCGGCUAGAUAUUAUCCCUAAAUAGUAUAUAGUUUUAUUUUCUAAUUGUAUAUUACUAUUAUGUGGCAUCUGCAUGGCUAAAUGUGAAAACUACCCUGUAUUGUAAAUUAUAGAUACAAAUGUGUACAUGUAAAUCAUCAUUUUACUUAGAAAUAUCUGUAUUGAUCAAUAAUCAUUAUUCCAUGUUAGACAAUUAUCAUCAUCAUCAUCAUCAUCAUCAUCAUAUAUUCCUCUCUUCGUCGCUUGUACAUUGAAAUUGUAAAGUAGUGAUAACAUUGUUUGUUAUUGAGUAAUUUUUGUUAUAUUAUUUCACUAAUCAUGAAUUAAAUUUAUUAUUGCUAUUAGUAUUAUGCAAUCUCAGAUUGGUUAUUGCUAAUUUCAGGGGCAGAUCCCGAGGGUGAGGUGUGUGUGUGGGUAUGUGUGUGUGUGUGUGUGUGUGGGGGGGGGGGGGGAACCCUGCUCAGCUACAUAAAAAGAAUUGUAAAACAAUACUUAUGAGAAAAGUGUCACGGAUUGUGUGCUUUAUCCUUAAUCUUCAGAUGGUGGGGUGGAAUGGGCAUUCAAAGAGCGAGAUAGUGAUAUAGACAUUUGCUUUGCAUCAAUGAAAUUGACUCACAAUGUGAUAGUAUUAAUUCAUAAUAAAAAUUGAUGUCAAAUGGAGUGUUGGAUUUCUCGCUUUAAAAAGCUCAGUGUGUAUGUAUGCUUACGUAAUUUCGAGACUAAGAUACCUUGUCUCAGGAAACUGGCAAACCCCCUUCUGCAAAAAUUUCUGGGGCUGCCCCUGAUUUUAUCAUUUUAAAUUUGUUAUUGCAAUUAUCUAAUUACACAAUUUUUAAUAUUAUUAUUCUGUAAUUGCAAUAUAUUAUUGCUAUAAUGUAAUCUCGGAUUUGUUCCGACUAUUCAGUACCCCUACUUUUAAAUUUAAAUAUAAUCAUGUAAGUCAUUGGCAAUAAGAGUCACAGUCUACAAUGUCGUCAUGAUCUGUUUCCAGUCGAAGAUUUAUCUAAUUUAUUUGAUGUCACAGCUUAGCCCUAUUCAUUGCUUUUUGAGAAUGUGGUUCUACUUGUGAUUAUAUAUUCAAGAUAUACUAUUUUUCAUACAGGUUUUUUUUUUUAAUUCUUUUUUCAGUAUCACUAUCAGGUGUUUUAAGAACAUCUUUCAUAUAAUAUCUUUAAUUUUAAAUUGCUAGAAUUGGAAUUAUUUUAUAAUGAAGUUCCAAGAUUUGUUAAAAAGAUAUUGUUUUGUGUAUAGUAUAUUAAAAUAGCUUGUAAAUGUAUCUGCUAUAUUAUUUUUACCUUGUAGCCCUAGUAAAUAUGAGCUCUAUUCUACAUGUAGAGGCAGGUUAUUAAAGAUGUACAGAAAAGA